AUGCCCUACUUAGACCACGCCGGUUCCACACUACCUUCGAAAAUUCAGCUAGAAGAAGUUGCAAAACAACAAUCACAAUUGAUCCUUGCAAACCCACAUUCGCAUCAUGCUACUGCAGUCAAAACUAAACAAAUCGUGAAUUCGGCUCGGCUGAGAAUUUUACAAUAUUUCAAUACAACUUCGGAUGACUAUUUUGUAGUUUUAACGAAUAAUACUACACACGGAUUGAAGAUUGUUGCUGAGAAUUUCAAAUUCGGGCAGAAGACACACUCUAUUUUAAAUAUCGCAUCUGUACUGCAUGGCGGAAGUUCAAAUUUAGGAUAUCUCUACGAUUCGCAUCAUUCUGUAGUUGGGCUCCGACAUGUUGUCAACGGCAAAGUUAACUCUAUAAGCUGUGUGAAUGAAGAAAGCAUUUUGGAGCAUGAAAUUCCGGAUGUUGAGCACAGUUUGUUUGUGCUCACGGCAAUGAGCAAUUUUUGUGGAAAAAAGUACAGCCUAGAAAGUGUCCACAGACUUCAAGAAAAAGGUUGGGCUGUGUGUCUUGACGCAGCAAGUUUUGUUUCUUCAUCUGCUCUUGAUCUAUCCCAACAACGCCCGAACUUUAUAGCAUUUUCAUUCUACAAAAUAUUCGGGUAUCCUACUGGAAUUGGAGCACUACUCGUGAGAAAAGAUUCGGCACACCUGAUCGAGAAAACGUCAUUUGCCGGUGGAACGGUGCAAAGUGUAGAUGAAAUGAGCAUGUUUUUCGUUUUACGAGAGUUUGAACGAGCUUUUGAAGAAGGGACUCUGAACUACUAUGGUAUUGCACAAUUGCAGAAAGGAUUUGAAGAAAUUGAACGAUGUGGAGGAAUAUCUUCCAUUCGAAACUUGACUCAUCAUCUUUGCAAAAACGCACUUUACAUGCUGAAAUCAAAAAAGCACCCCAAUGGGCGACCCGUUGUAGAAAUAUAUUCUCAAUCCGAACAGUUUGAGAACCCUGAUAAACAAGGCCCCAUAGUCGCAUUCAAUUUAAAAAGACCGGAUGGUGGGUACUAUGGGUACACAGAAGUGGAGAAGAUGUGCGCCAUUUUUGGUAUUGAAUUGAGAACAGGAUGUUUUUGCAAUAUUGGUGCUUGCAAAAAAUACUUAGGGAUCACGUCAGAAAUGAUCCAGGAGAAUAUGAGUAAAGGCAAACGAUGUGGAGAUGAAAUAGAUUUAAUUAAUGGAACACCAACCGGUGCUAUUCGAAUUUCAUUUGGCAGGACAUCCACUGAACACGACAUCACUGCUCUAGAACAAAUGAUCGACACCUGCUUUACAGAGGGUGAACAUCAGGCUCAAUCAAAACCAGACCCUAUGAACAUCGAGUCUUACUCACCAACUGUUGUAAACCUGUUUAGUUUUCCUAUUAAAAGUGUUGGCUCGGUGGGUAGAAAACGGUAUGAGCUUACCGCUAGAGGCUUUAAAAAUGACAGAGAAUUUCUGAUAGUUAAUGAUGAUGUCACAUUAAAUCUCAAAACUCAUCCCGAGCUAUGUAUGCUUACUGCAACAAUUGUAGACGAUGACCAACUACUGAUUCAAACAUUUGAUCAGAAUGAAAAUUUGGUUUUACCAAUGAGUUUGUCUUUGAAGGACAAUGGAGCUAAAUUGGUUUGCAAGAAUACAAUUGCUACAAUGGACUGUGGUGAUAAAGUUGGCAAAUGGCUGGAUAAUGCACUAGAUCGACAAAAUUGUCGAUUGCUAAGAGUAGCCGAAGAUUCGAAAAAGAACUUUGUAAACGAUUCUCCAUUUUUAUUAAUCAACGAAGCCAGUGUCUACAUGUUAUCAAGAUAUAUCAACAUGGAAGUGCGGGAAAUUCUGACCCGAUUCCGGUCCAACAUAGUGGUGCGAGGUCUUCCGCCUUUUAUUGAGGACACCGCAAAACGGCUGUCUAUUGAGAAUCUUGAGUUUGAGGUUGUCGACAAAUGCACUCGAUGUGAAAUGAUAUGUGUGGAUCCGAUGACAGGCGAGAAGGAUCCCAGUUUGCUGCUUGCAUUACGGGAUUAUAGAAAUAAGCAGAAGAUGACAUUUGGAAUCUACAUUCGACAAACUAAUUUUGAGAGUGGACAAUAUUUGGAGUCUGGGAUGUCUGUUAACUUUUCCACUGAUUAGUAAAUAAAUGUUUCCAAUC